CAAGAAGGCAACUUAGAUAACCAUAACAGGUAUAAUAAUUGUACAACAUGUCUGUCGUACUCAUUCUAGGUGCUGGCUCGAACAUUGGUCAGAAUGUGGCGACUGUUUUCGCUGCACAUGGCUGGAGGAUCGCGAGUGCUUCCCGUAGCCGUGAGGACAAAAUAGCGGAUGACACGCAUCUUGAUCUUCAUGUAGACCUAUCUCAGCCAGGCUCGAUACCAGAGGUCUUUAGGAAGGUCAAGUCACAUUGGGCUGCCCCAUCUGUAGUCAUUUACAAUGGUGCCAAAAGAACCUUAGUCGAUGCCCGAGACCCGUUAACACCAAUCACACUUAAGCAGCACGAGGAAGAGAUGGCGAUAAAUCUAACAAGUGCCUUCAUAGCCGCUCAGCAAGCUGUUCUCAACGUGAUGCCUUCUCCAGCUGUACUCACCUUCGGCUUGGGCAAGACCGCGGCAGCUCACAUGAUCUGGGAUGCCAGCGUUGCGUACAAGGAUGAUGGUUUCAGAUUUUAUUUUACCGACGAGCGUUUUCCAGAUGGCUCUCCGAUACGAGACCAGAUGAGUGGCGAGGCGCGAGCGGCCGAAUACAUCAAGCUUGCCCAGUUGAAGGAGCAAGGGCCCUGGCAUUAUACGUUUGUAAAAGGCAUGGGAUAUACCAACUUUUAUGACGAGGAUCGAAAGGCGUACUUCCUAUGAGAUUUGAGCUACACAUGUGACAUCAACUUGAUAUCACUGCAUUGAGCCGCUUCAAAUAGGGAUGGAACCGGUG